AGAACAUCAUACAAGAUCUGUAACUCAGAAUAAUGAAUGUGUCCAGCAACUGCAGCACCGCAAAUCUAGAACCUCAUCACCACGUUCGCCUCAUUGAAUUUGUUUUCUAUAGCCUUAUUUUCUUUUUCGGAGCACUGUUCAAUAUCCUUGCCUUCUGGGUGUUCUUGUGCAAGAUGAAGAAGUGGACAGAAAUCAGGGUGUAUGUAAUCAAUCUAGUGUUUGCAGAUUUCUCUGUCAUCUGCACCUUGCCUUCCAUGGUUUAUUUGCUCUGGAACAAGUCAGCCCGAGGGGAGCUCUGCCAGUUCACAGAGGCGAUGUAUUYUAUCAACAUGUUAGUGAGCAUCUACAUCAUUUCAUUUAUCUCUGUCGAUCGAUACAUUGCCAUAAAGCACCCCUUGAAAGCCAGGAGCUUCAGAUCCCCAGCAAAGGCYGCCCUCCUGUGUGGCCUUCUGUGGGUGUUGGUGAUAACCAUUGCCACCRUCCAGCUCCGGGAGAGACACGCAGCUCUCUGCUUCCAGACCRACCCCCCUGAGUAUGCUGCUCUCAGCCUGAUGGCCAUUUUCUUUUUUUUCACUCUCCCAUUAGCAAUMCUGACCUUUUGCUCUGCAGAAGUCAUCAGGAACCUCAAGAAACAUCUGAACACAAAUUCACCAGAGGAGAAAUCGAUCCAGAAAGCCAUGCACAUUAUUUAUGCAAAUCUGAUUGUAUUUCUCGUAUGUUUUCUGCCAGCCUACCUUGGGCUACUUGCCAGGUUUGUAAUGGAGAGUGUUGGAGUUGCCUGUUACCUGCUCUGUGUCAUGGAGAACUUCUCCUCCGUGACGAGGUGCAUCGCCACGUCCAACUGCUGCCUCGACAGCRUCUGCUACUACUUUGUCACCAAGGAGUUCCAUGAAGCCUUUCUACUGCCCAAACCCAACACUCAAAAAACAGAUGCAACCCAGCCCUUGCAGAUGGAAACUUGCUAAAGGAUAAAGGGAAAAAAAAACACCUAAGCCAACACCCCCACCAACAUCUGCAACAUAAAGAGGAAAUGCAGCUUCACUGCUGUUUGGAUAAUUAUUGCUCUUUUUCUCUAGUGAUCUCUUUGUUAGGUU